UUUUUUUUUAGGAGAACUGAGAUUUGCUAAAUUCAUUCAAGGUUCUUUUUUAUUUGUUAUUUCAUCUCAGGUUGGAUGAAAAGUUCCAUGAUUGAUGAAUUUGCUGUUUUCUUCAUUUCCAGCUUAAUUACUUCAAGAACUGAAUCAGCUCUCUUGAUCAAAAGCGGUCCUCGGUAAUUUUCUUGCUGUUUUGGACAAUUUAACUGUUUAGUUAGAUGGAAAGAUAGGUCAGAUGUUGCGUGAUUCAAUUUAGGUUCCUGGCUUUCAAAUAGGGAGAGGUGCUAUGAGUGGUGGGAUUCGUACAAGCGUGAAGGGGUUCCUUAAUGCAAAACGCCUGGCUUUGUCUGCAGAAAUAGAUACAGUGCAUGAGACGAAUGAGACCAUCACUCGCAAUUUCAGUGCACGUACUCCAAGCUGCUGCUGAUUCUGUGGAUGAGAAGAAAGCACAAGAGAAGAGCAUUGCUUCAACUUCAUAUGGCCUCAGUAUCUAUGAUGUGCCUUCAAUUCCUCGGACACAGAAUGAGAUCUUGCCAAGAAGAUUCUUCUAUAAUGAACUGAAAACAGCGACCUGGAACUUUCAUCCUCAUAAUAAGCUGGGUGAAGGUAGUUUUGGUCCUGUUUUUAAGGGGUGGGUUGAUGACAAUACAUCAACAGCUGCCAAGCCUGGUACUGGCAUGGUAAUUGCUGUGAAGACAAUUAACCGAGGAGGUUUACAGGGUAACAAGGAAUGGUUGACAGAAAUUUACUACCUAGGAAGGCUGCAUCAUCCAAAUGUUGUGAAAUUGUUGGGUUAUUGCUUCGAGGAUGACCACCGGCUUCUGGUUUAUGAAUUCAUGGCUAAAGGAAGCUUGGAGUUUCAUCUAUUUAGAUGGUUUUCUUCCCUUCAACCACUUUCGUGGAUCCUGCGUAUGAAGAUUGCCCUUGGUGCUGCCAAGUCUCUAGCAUUUAUUCAUAAUAGCGAGGGAAAAGUGAUCCAUCGGGACUUCAAAAGUUCUAAUAUCCUACUGGAUUCAAACUACAAUGCCAAACUCGCUGAUUUUGGUUUUGCUGAGGACGGACCAGCAGGUGGUAGUAGCCAUGUCUCGACAAGGGUGAUGGGGACAUAUGGAUAUGCAGCUCCAGAGUAUGUUGCUACAGGUGAAUUAAUUUUACAGGAUUUUUUUCUUUACUUUUCCACAUAAACAAGCAAGAGAUCCUGGCAAAGGAAGAAUAUGUGUCUAUUGAAUACCACUUUUUGUCUAUUUC